AUGCCGGGUCAAGCUGCACCUGUCAGCAUGUCCUCCGACGACAGUUCUAUCGAAGUGGGUACUGAUUUCCACGCAAUCCAGGCAAUCCCGGACGAGAGCUUUAUUGAGCUCCUUGCCCGACACGAAGAUCCAACCAACUCUCUUGGCUUGCGCGCGAACUGUCGCGUUGUCAAGCGUGCCCGUGGCUCCUUCAACCUCUGUGUGAUUCUUCUGAGCUUCGAGCAGGUUGCAUGCGCCAUUCGCGUUCCCGCUGACGGUACGCGUGAAUUAUGGGAUCGAUACAGCGCAUGGAAGUUGCGCAGCCACGUCAUGACGCUGAACUUCGUCCGGGCUAACACUUCCAUUCCAGUGCCAAGGGUCAUUGCGUGGGACGAGACGUUGAACAAUGUCAUCUCUGCCCCCUAUAUCAUGAUGACAGCCACUCCAGGAAAGGAAGCUUGGAAGGUAUGGUUUGAGGUGUUCGACCCGUGGGGAGAGCCUGUUUUGGCUGCUGCUGACAACCCUUCGCCUCAACUUGAACGCAAGCGUCACAAUAUCCUCAGCUCCCUGGCUUCUUACGCUGCACAGCUUUCCCGCUUGUCUUCUCCAGCAAUUGGUCAUUUGUGCUGGGAUGCUCGGCUCGCUCGAGAAGCAGUACUGCUUGGUGUCGGAGCCUCUCGUGUCGCCAACAGCCGCCAGUACUGGCACCUGGUGGAGCGCAACGCAUACGACAACGGUAUUGCUUCACGUGCCUGCAAUAAGUCCUAUCCGCUCGGCCUGGAACGGCUCAAGACCAUGAUCCAGCAGUCCGUCCCCUUUAACCGAUCAACAGAGGAGGGAGCUCGUAUUGAAUCCUUCGUUCUCAAGCAUGUAGAUCUGGAUCUACAGAACAUUCUUGUCGACGACGAGGGAAACAUUACGGGAAUCAUCGACUGGGAUAACAGCAAAUUCAUGCCUCGGUGCAUUGGACCUGCGUCGCUGCCCCUCUUUCUGCAAGAGGUUGGCCACAUGGACACUUGUCUCAGCCGCCAUGCGAAGAUACGGUAUCGCCAUUACUACGAGGAGUACGCACGGCAGGACUUCUUGAACCAGAAUCCGCUGACUGGUCCAACCCCGGGCCAGGGCGAUGUUAUGUAUACUCGCAAAUCCUGGUUGUACGAGGCAGCAUAUCGAUUGUUCGCCGUGAAACCUCUUUACACGGGCGAGUUACUGGAACUUCUCUUCAAAGAGAUUGUCAAGCUUGAGCCUGGGUUCCGUGACCUCCAUUACAUCACGAUCCUCAACAGGUUAGGUGAGCAAACCCUCGACUAUCCUUUGCCAGUGUUGUUGCAAAAGGCCAUAGAGAGGCUUCUUGAACCAUGA